GAAUGUGUCACGGCUGGUCACGGUGACAAAUGCGUCCUCAAGGACUCGCAUUUUCCGUUGCAACGAUGAGGAGCGGUCCGUGAAGCGACGACGAAAAACCGCGAAGAGAAUCGUUCAGGAUGGUCCGAAAGGGGAGUUGUGCGGUGAUUCCGUUCGGGAUCGUCUCGUGAACAUUUUGACGCGACCGCGGGAACGUCUUGCCCUCGAUUCACGAUGAUGAUACUCUGAUCCACACUCGAUUCGCGCGGUCGGCAAUGGAAUUAACGGGGACCCGAUACUAAUAACUGCAAUAGUGGAAUCGUGGAUAAAUCGGAUUUUCAGUUUCUAUGGUUCUGGCUCGCGUGAAUCAACGGCAAUCGUACAAACGUUCUCGAUGGAAAGCAAAAGCUGCAACAAUUUCAUAAGCUACGUAGGCUUAGAGGAGCACGAGCUGCAGUUUCAUGAAUUAUGCGCAGCCGCUGGGUUCUAGUCGACGCAAUUCUUUAUGCGAUAACAAUAUUAAGUUGUUACCCGGUGAAGCAUUGAUCACCAAAGCUCAACGCGUUCUUAUGUUCUCGCCCGUCGGCGAUCAAAAUCAAGGAACGUCCGGCGUUCUGUUCGUCACCAAUUUUAAGCUCAGUUUCGUUACGACCGAGGAGACGGAUGGCGAAGACGUGGCUCGUCAACAGAAUCAUCUUUACGGCUAUAUGGACACGUGUUUAACGAACAUAGAGGAUAUAUACGUGACCGUUGGCGAUAAGAGAAGGAAAUUGGUACCUGGCAAUACUGUACCGUCUAAAGUGAAAGGAAUAUUUAUUACUUGUAAAAAUUUACGAACGUGGUCCUUCUCCUUCAAAUUCUCACCCAUCGGCGACGGAAAGAACGUCCUCCAGACAUUGUUGCACCAUGCCUUCCCCAGUGGGCACAAUCUGUUGUUCGGUUACGAUUACCGAGAAGCUUACUACAGUAGUCUUGACAAAGGCGUCCGUUUGUUUCGCGACAUUUCCGACUGGCAGAACGAGUUGGAACGAACUGUUCGUAAUGAGAAGCUGAGGAAAUCUUGGAGACUGUCCAUCGCGAACGUAGAUUUCAAGCUCUGUAGUAGCUUGUCUCGAUACGUGAUCGUGCCAGACUCUGUCACCGAUAAUCAGCUGAUGGAUGCAGCUAAAUGCUUUCAAGGGAACCGUCCACCGAUCUGGUCUUGGUCGAGCUCGCGCGGCGCCGCGUUGGUCAAGAUGUCCGAGCUCUCGCCGUUGGUCACCAACAGGAAACAGGAGAACGUCAUGUUCGAGAACGUGCGAAAAAGUCAUCCACAGAAGAUGCAGCCGUUCGUCUUAGAGCUGAACAAAGGUAUCAACGCGAAAUUGAUAGCCGCGGCGUUCUCGAAAUUCGCCGUCCUCUGUUGUCCAGAGAACAUCAGGCAGUUCUGGCUACAGGACAAUAAUUUUUACUCGCUGUUGGAAAACACGAAAUGGUUGAAAUAUGUAUCGUACUGUUUACAAAAAGCUGUUGAAGCCUGCGAGCAUCUUCACUCAGGAUCCUCCGUUAUAUUACAAGAAGGUGCUGGCACGGAUCUCUGUUGUGUUAUAUCGAGCUUAGUCCAAUUGUUGAUGGAUCCUUAUUUUCGAACUAUCAACGGGUUCCAGUCCCUUUUACAAAAGGAAUGGAUCGCCGGUGGUCAUCCGUUUUGUGAUAGAUUAGGACAUAUUGCGCAGAGAACUUCGGAGAAGUCUCCGGUGUUCCUGUUAUACCUCGAUUGCGUCUGGCAAUUGAUUCAACAAUUUCCGGCGGAAGUCGAGUUCACGGAAACGUACCUGACAACUCUAUGGGACGCCGCUCACGUUUCCAUCUUCGACACGUUCGUCUUCAACUGCGAGAAAGAUCGAUCCGCGGCAGCUACGGACCCGGAGAAGCCUUUCGUCCUGCGUAGCGUCUGGGACUGGCGAGAGCAGUUCAGCGACCAGGAUAUUUUAUUGUUCUACAAUCCCUUCUACAAUUCGCGGGACGCGACGGACAAGGGCAUGCUGAAACCUCUGUACAGCAUACCGACCCUCGAGCUCUGGACCCAGUGCUACUUCCGGUGGAUACCGACGCUGGAGAUUCGCAACGGCGGACGGAACCACAUCGAGCUCUACGCGAGGCUGUUGAGGAACGACGUGAAUCAACUGAAGAUGUGUCUGAACGGCAACUGCGGCUCGCCCACGAUCAAAUCCAACAGUUACUCCGUGCCUAUGAACAUAGAUAGUUUCUACCCGUUCUCCAGCAAGAAGUCGGGGAACACGGUGAGUGCACCCAUUAUGAACAGUUCUAUUCUCGCCACGGAGAGCUUGCUAGAAGCGCAGUCGUUGAUCACUGCGGCCGACUGAUGUACAUAUCUCACUGAACGCUUGCUUUACCUUCUCCGAGAUGCACCCAUGCAUCCAUACGAGUAUCGCCGUGGUUAUUAGAUAUAUAACGAAGUACGAUCUCAGUCCUUUCUAUACCGCGCGCGCGGUCUUUGUACGAUGAUCGCCAAUUAAUUUGCAAUAAGAAAAAUUGUUAUCUUCUCCCGUUUACAUUAUACGCGCAUGUUCUCUGUUUUUACGCUACGUAGUACUUCGUAUAGACGAAUCUGACUCAGAUCAAUUAUUCUUGAUCCUUGUUCCGUUUACCCCUUCUUUAUCUGGUUCUCUAUCGAUUAAGCGUCUUCGCAUCGAAUCGUACGUUAAGUUAUACAAAGAUUUCCUUUUUAUAUAACUUUGUAAAUGCAUUAUCGCAUGUUCGAGUUAAGGAACAAUGAUAUUUAAUAACACGGUGAUGUUAUAACUUAUAUUAUAAUAAAAUUAUUUUUUCUAUA